GGGGGCCGCCGGCCGCUGCUGCGCCCCGCGCUGCCUGUGCCGCCUCCCGCGCUCUGCUCGCCGCCUCGCAGGACGGUGUGCGGCCGCCAGGGAUUAGCCACGCUCCGGACGCGGCCGGGCGCCCCGAAGGAGGUGGAGCGCGGUGCCAGGGGGCGGGAGGGGAGGGAGGGAAGGCAAGCUGCAGAGGAGCAGAAAGGAGGCGAGGCCGGGGAAAGAGGGAAACUACGCCCGACAACUAGGGAGGGGGCGAGAAAGAGAAGAAACCCACCCACCCACUCAGAAAACGGAAAAGAGGAAAAAAAUCUCGUGUGGCGCGCCGCCUGGUUAUCGGGCAGCCUCGCCAGCAGCAGGGGGUGGGAGCCGACGCUGCCGGAGAGCGAGCAGCCUGGCAGGCACGGACAUGGUGCUCCUGGCGCAGGGCGCUUGUUGCUCGAACCAGUGGCUGGCGGCGGUGCUUCUGAGCCUGUGCUCUUGCCUCCCGGCUGGGCAGAGCGUGGACUUUCCCUGGGCGGCCGUGGACAACAUGCUGGUGAGGAAAGGUGACACGGCAGUGCUCAGGUGUUACUUGGAAGAUGGAGCAUCAAAGGGUGCCUGGCUCAACAGGUCAAGUAUCAUUUUUGCUGGAGCGGACAAGUGGUCAGUGGACCCUCGAGUUUCCAUUUCUACAUUGAAUAAGAGAGACUACAGCCUCCAGAUACAGAAUGUCGAUGUGACAGAUGAUGGCCCAUACACCUGUUCGGUGCAGACCCAACACACACCGCGGACGAUGCAGGUUCAUCUCACUGUGCAAGUUCCCCCGAAAAUAUAUGACAUCUCAAAUGACAUGACCAUCAAUGAAGGAACCAAUGUCACCCUUACUUGUUUGGCCACUGGGAAGCCAGAGCCCGCCAUUUCAUGGAGACAUAUCUCCCCAUCAGCAAAACCAUUUGAAAAUGGACAAUAUUUGGACAUUUAUGGAAUUACAAGAGACCAGGCUGGGGAGUAUGAAUGCAGUGCAGAGAACGACGUGUCGUUCCCAGACGUGAAGAAAGUGAGAGUGGUCGUGAACUUUGCGCCCACAAUUCAGGAAAUUAAAUCUGGCACUGUGACUCCUGGACGCAGUGGACUGAUACGAUGUGAGGGUGCAGGUGUGCCACCGCCGGCCUUCGAGUGGUACAAAGGGGAGAAGAGGCUCUUCAAUGGCCAACAAGGAAUUAUCAUUCAGAAUUUUAGCACAAGAUCCAUCCUUACAGUGACAAACGUGACACAGGAGCACUUCGGCAACUAUACUUGUGUGGCUGCCAACAAGCUGGGCACAACCAAUGCGAGCCUGCCCCUCAAUCCUCCAAGCACAGCCCAGUACGGAAUUACUGGGAGUGCCUGCGACCUCUUCUCCUGCUGGAGCCUUGUGUUGACACUAUCUUCUGUCAUCAGUAUAUUCUACCUGAAGAAUUUCAUCCUACAAUGAAUCUAAAGACCCAUGAAAGGCUUUUAAGGAGUCUCUGGGAGUGCUGAUGGCUGGAUCCAAUCUGGUGCAGUUAGGUUGAAGCAGCGUGGAAUACAAUCCGCAGUCUGUACGCGGGUGACGCCUUUUGUCUGUGGAAUCGCUGGUUGUGUAAAUACUUUCAUUCUCCUCUCCUUUUGAUUAGACACACGACCUUGUGAAGCACUGCACAUUGUCCCUUUUUUAAGAUGUGAAAGGUCUGAACUUAUUUUAGAGGAUAUUAAUUGUGAUUUCAUGUUUGUAAUCUACAACUUUUCAAAAGCAUUCAGUCGUGGUCUGCUAGGCUUCCGGCUGUAGUUUACAUAACAAAUAUUGCAGUGAACCCAUGAUUCUUUAAGGCUGCAAUACAAGGGUCCCGUGCCCUGUUUCAGUAAGAGUCAACCCACAUUUACGAGAUGCAUUUUUUUUCUUUUUUGAUACAAAUCCAAAUAAUAUUGCCUUCAGAUCAUUUCUUCAAAAUAUAACACAUAACUAGAUGUCCCUGCUCGCAUGACAUCCAGGUUUUGGAAAUGAGCCUUGUAAUAUAACUCGCUAUGCUUCUCCUUCUAAUUUCAGCAUGGGUGUGCCUUCAUAAAAUAAUCUCUUUGUCUCUGACAAAUACAUAAUGUUUUCCUAAAUCUUGCAAUUUGGAAGCAAAAACAAAAAGUAAUUUACAUCAAUAAGCUAAACUCCACCCGAUUUUGUGGGGCCAAGAAGCUAUUAGGCUGUGUCUAGUCAUUAUCCAUGGGGCCUGAGAACUUUGCCCACAGCAUCUCAGUUUUCUUGAUAAAACAAUUUAAUACCAUGAUUGAAAUUCAGGUUAAAUAUUAGUGCCACUGUGGGAAAGCAUAACCCGUCACAGGACAGCACAACCUGUUCUAGAGACCCCUGGUAAAGCAUCAGUCUCCUGCACUAUUCAAUCCCUAACACGGAUUCUCUGCAUGAACUGCAGCCCUAUCACCCAAGAGACGAGAGGCUGUUAGUGCUCAGAUUAGGCUUUGGCAUCAGUAAGUUACUGUGACAGAAACCCUGCAGUCUUUCCAUCUGAUUUUCCCGUCCUUUGGUUGAUAGGGGUGCAUCUUAUGUUCUUUAACAUUCCAAAAUGUGUUUUAAAAAAUAUCGUGCAUCUAUGCACAGCAGAUCAGCCCUGAAGUAACUCAUUCUUCACCAAAAUCUUGUUAAGUCAUUACCACUCAAACUGAUGCCAAAACUGAAGACUCACCAUGCUUCACUGCAUCUUACAGGACACAUAUGAGAUACAACCAAAUGGACACACCAGAAGGAGGGCAUCAUGGGAUAUGUUAAUCACUCAAUGAUUGUGAAUAUUACAUUUUUUCUAUUUAAAAAAAAAACAAAACUACAUUUUUGAAGGAAAAUGCUGUUAGUCUAACUACUAUACUACAGGAAUAGGUUCAUGGUCUUGCUUUUGACCAAAGAAAGACCAGAGCCUUGAAAGCCAUUUUUCAGGUCUGAUGAAGUUGCCAAUUUCAGCACGCCUAGGUUUCUACAGUGACCUUCUGCACACCCUAACUAAAGACCUAUGCUCAAACUACACACAAGGACUUUUACAGUGAUUAUUUUAGAUAGUUCAUGUUUUGCCCUAGAAGGAUGGCUUUAAAUUUUUUAUUUUUGUCUUAAACAAAGUUUAGACCCAAAAGACACCAUAAAUCUAUUUUAAUUAGGAAAAACGAAUCAUAAGUGAGGAGACAUAAAUACAUAGUCUUCCCGUGAAAUGGCAAUAAUGUGGCAUAAUGCUAUGAAAUUUACUAGCUGUAAUAAAUUUAUGUCAUUUUGAUUGAUAUAUUAAAAGUGAAUUUUGAAAAUUAUGGCAUUUAAAUUUCUAGGUGAUUUGCUACUAAAAAUGUUCAUGUGGAAUUAGUGAGCAAACAACAGAAUUUUUUUUCUUUGUAUUGCAGCUUUAAAGUAGCACACUCCACAAUAACCUACUUAUUAGAGAUAGCGGUGCUACCAUGGAGUGUUGGUCACCUGAACCGCUGUUUGGGGAGAGAAACAGUUGGAGAAUGCGUAUUAUACAGUGACGUUUCCCUAGAGUUAAAAAUGCCUCCUCUGUGUAAGGUAUGUAGGGUACAUGUGAGGUAAACUGAGGUAUAAAGUACAGAUGAACCAAAUAAUUAGUUCUAAGUGUUGUCAUGAUUCCGAAUUCGUGGAGUCCGGUGUUUUUCCAUAGAGUGUGACAAAGGACAGUCAUAGCUCAGUAGCUACAUGUAUUUGCCUUUAUGUUAGAAGAGACUUUCUUGAGUGACAUUUUAAUAGAGGAGGCAUCCGCUAUGUUUUUCUGUAUUACGGCAGCAUAGUCCUUAGGCGCCUGGACAGAGUGAAACCAUGAGUAUUUAUGAGUUCAGUAUUGUUCAAAUAAGGCUACAGUAUUUGCUUUUUUGUGUGAAUGUAUUGCAUAUAAUGUUCAAGUAGGUGAUUUUACAUUGACGGGCAUCUGAAAUGUCUGAUUACUCCAUUUUAUCAGUCCUGACUGUACAAGAUUGUUGCAAUUUCAAAAUAGCAGUCUUAUGAAGUUAAUUUAUCUUUUGAUUUACAACAAUUUUCUUUAGCUAUUCAUUUCAGCGUUAUGUUUUCCACAAUAUCCAUUUGUGGGAUCCCUUUUGUUGCCCCUAAAUUUUUAAAGAAAGAAGGAAAGAAAACGAUGAUAGAGAAAGGAGAAUGAGGAAAAGAAGAAAAGACAAAAGAAUAUGGGGUAUAAACAGAAAUGACUGAAGGAAGUGAAGAGAUUAGGAGGGGAGUAGGGAGAAUGGAAUCUUCUGCUCAUGAGCCUAUUGGACUGCGUUCUUGGUUUAACUGCAAAUGGCCUAAUUUUUUCCCAAUGAUCUUAUUCUAAACCUAAGUCCUGCUAUGCCCUGUGGCCCUGCUGGGCAGAAUUUAUUGAAUGAUUGGCACUGCCCAGGCCACAAUACUGAGUGCUUUUUGCAGACACUGAGAUUUGAGAGAGAGCAUUUCAAACAUAAAGUCACUUUGAGGUUCACAGCUUCACUGAAAAAUUGUCUUCUCAUAACAUUUAUGCUAUGUCUAGAAAGUAGACUGGAAAGCUAAGAGUCACUGAGAUAAUUCAGGACAAAACUGCGCACAUAUAGAGAAGUACCCCAGUCUGUGAAGUCUGAACACUCUGAGCAACUGAACUAUCAAAGUCAAUAAAUGGUAUUGAUCAAAUUACUGAAUAAUUGUUAAUUUACCCAUUGUGCUUAGCUUUGUAACACAGCUGAAAGUUACCUAUUUAAUCUUUUCAAUAAAAAUUGUUUUUUUUGAAAUCCAGAAAUGAUUUUAAAAAGAGGUCAGGUUUCUAACUAUUUAUUGAAGUGUGUGGGUGUACAGUAUUUCAAUAGAUAUGAAUAUGGAUAAAUGGUAUUGCCUUAAGAUCCUCUGAAAUGUACUUACUUUAAAGACUGGAAAACGCCCUUCCUGUCUUUAGUAAAAACAUCCAUAUUUCAUAAUCUGAUGUAAAAUAUGUUGUACUGUUUCCAAUAGGUGAAUAUAAAGUCAGUUUAUCAAUUAAAAUAUGUAUUUGAUUCAUUU